AUGGGCGGUUCUACUGUCCAAGAUGCAACGGCAACUACAAGUGGAGAUAGUUCUGACUCCUUAUUGAAGGACGGACGAUUCUACUGUCCAAGAUGCCCCAGCAACUACAAGUAUAAAAAUGACCUUAAGAAACAUAUGAGACUGGAAUGCGGUGUUCCCCGUCGAUUCCAUUGUCCUAUAUGUCCUCACAAGUCAAAACGUGGUGAUAGUACCUACUUCUUAGAAAAGGGCGGACGAUUCCACUGUCUCAGAUGCAACGGCAGCUACAAGCAUAAACGUGACCUUAGGAAACAUUUGAAACUGGAAUGCGGCGUUCCUCCUAAAUUCCAAUGUCCUCUAUGUCCUUACAAGUCUAAACGUGACGAUAGUUUUGACUCCUUGGUGAAGGAUGGGCGAUUCUACUGUCCAAGAUGCCCCAGCAGCUACAAGUAUAAAUAUGACCUGAAGAAACAUUUGAAACUGGAAUGCGGAGUACUUCGUCAAUUCCAAUGUCCUCUAUGUCCUCACAAGGCGAAACGUGACGAUAGUUCUGACUCCUUAGUCUUAGUAAAGGAUGGGCGAUUCUACUGUCCAAGAUGUCCUUGCAACUACAAGAAUGACUUUGACCUGAAGAAACAUUUGAAACUGGAAUGUGGUGUACCCCAUCGAUUUCCAUGUCCUCUAUGUCCUUACAAGUCUAAACGCAACUCUAACCUCAAGAGACAUUGUGACGAUAGUUCUGACUCCUUAGUGAAGGACCGACGAUUCUACUGUCCAAGAUGUCCUUGCAACUACAAGUAUAAACAUGACCUGAAGAAACAUUUGAAACUGGAAUGUGGUGUACCUCGUCAAUUUCCAUGUCCUCUAUGUCCUUACAAGUUUACACGUGACGAUAGUUUUGACUCCUUGGUGAAGGAUGGGCGAUUCUACUGUCCAAGAUGCAGCGGCAGCUACAAGAAUAAAAGUGACCUUAAGAAACAUUUGAAAUGGGAAUGCGGCGUUCCUCCUCAAUUUCCAUGUCCUCUAUGUCCUUACAAGACAAAACAGCGACACAAGUGCCCAACUUGCGAGCGCAGCUACAAGCAACGACACAACUUGUUGAAACACAUGAGGUUCGAGUGCCUGCAAGAGCCGAGGUUUGGUUGCCAUAUCUGCCCCUAUAAAGGCAAGAGGAAAGCGCAUCUGAAGAACCACUACCUCUUCAAGCACUCCAUGCACUCUGACGACUUCAGCACAUUCAUACCAAUUGAUCCAGAUAAUAAGAAGUCCACGUGUUUGACGUGCGGCAAGAGUUACACAUACUUGUUGGAACACGUCCGACUAGAGUGCGACAGGCUGCAGCAGUUCUCUUGUCCUCUGUGCGCACACAAGGCGAAGAGGCGCAAGCACGUGUGCGAGCAGUGUGGAAGGGGUUAUCGUCAGAGGUACAACCUGCUGGUCCACCAACGACUAGAGUGCAACAAGGACCCACAGUUUGCUUGGCAUUGGCCAAGUCUGAAUGUGAAAAAUCACGACCUGUACAUGCGGAGCCUAGGAGCUGUGAAGCGUGGGGACGGACUGUAUGGAGUGGAAGAUCAGAAGAAGAACUCCGAAGACAAGUGGUUCAUCUGUAGUGGUUGUGGAAGAAGAUACAAGCACAAUCGUAACCUCCAGGCUCAUGUUAGAUACGAAUGUGGCAAAGAACCUCAGUUUUCAUGUCCUAUAUGUCCUUAUAAAGCUAAGUUACGCGUCGUAGCCACAUUGCUGACGGAGGAUGGGCGCUUUUCUUGCUUCAUGUGUGGGAAGAGCUACAGUCAGAAGCGCAAUAUGCUCGCUCACGUGAGGCUAGAGUGUGGAAAAGAAGCCCAGUUCCAGUGUUCAGCGUGUCCUUACAAAGCCAAAAGAAAAGCUCACUUGAAGAACCACAUGGCGAUGAAACACUAUGAUCUUAGAAGCUACACCUUGGAACAUAAUCUGAAGGCACAUCUUCGCUAUGAAUGCGGAAAAGAAGCCAACUUCUUGUGUCCCGAAUGUCCCUACAAAGCAAGAAGAAAACACCACUUGCAGAACCACAUGGCUGUAAUACACAAGUUGUAUAAGUCGCCGAAACCCAAGGAUCAGAUGGCCCGUUUACCUGCCCGAACUGCGGACGACAAUAUCGAUACCAGCGAAACCUCACUUCUCAUAUCAAAAUGGACUGUGGAAAAGAAGCUGCCUUUCCCUGUCAACUAUGCCCCUUCAAAGCCAAGAGGAGGAACAAACUGA